GCGUGUCUUAGCAACGCUUAAUGUCUCUUCCUUGAACUCUCAAAACCUCUACUCAACAAAAAUGCCAUCUUAUUUUUAAUUACUUUAACCGAAAAAUACAUCUCCGAAACACAACAAGAGCGAGGGUGAAAUGAUUAAGAAAAAGUUUAGUUUUACGUGUGAUAAACUCCUGUCACACCAACAGCUCGCAUGCUGUGACUGUUACUGUGGUAUACCUCACCAGGGCAAGAAUGUGCUCAUUUACAGCAAUAAGAAGACACAACAAAAGCCACUGCUACUAACAGGUCACCAUGGUGACAUCAGUGCCAUGACUUUCGGAAAAAGAAGCAGUCCUGUUACCUUAUGUUCUGCCUCUUCUGACUAUAUUAUAAUUUGGGAUAUUGAGGCAUGCCAGAAAAGAACAGAAGACGGUAAACUGGCUGCUGGAACAGUGAUCGGUACUUUACUGGGGAAUGUUGUGCAUCUCUCAUUCUGUUCCGAUGAUGAACUGAUAGCUGUCUGCUCAGGAACAACUAUUUAUGUUCUCAAUUCAAAGAAACAAGAAGUGAUUUGCACAUUAAAUGGCCAUCUUGGAUUUUUAACAUCUGCAGAGUUCUGUCCAUGGAACACAAAUAUUCUUGUCAGCACCUCAGAGGAUCGGACUUUUAAGGUUUGGGAUUUAAAAACUGGAGCUGUUUUCUACCAAUCCUUUGUCCUUGGAGGGUCUCCUCUGCGUAGCGUGUUGUUCUUGGAGGAGGAAGAGCAGCUUAUUACCGGCUCAGCCGAUGGACAGGUGUGGUGCUUUUCUUUUGAUGAUGACCACAAAUGCCAUCUUGGGAAAAAAAUGGACCUUCAAAAGAUGGAGAAAAGAUAUGAGAUGCGCCAGGAGACUCAUCCGCAAGAUGUUGCUGAACAAUCGGUUGCUAAUAAAGUGGAGAUCUCAAAGCCUGUCAUCCAAAUGGCUUCAUGUGGCUCAUUUGCAGAAAUCCAGUUUGGCCAAGAAAUAGACAACAGCUGGUUUUGUGUAGGAAGCUCCGACGGUCUGUAUGUGGUGGAGCUUGCUACCUCAGAACUCCUGACGGUGCUGUAUUUCAAAGACAACCCCACCCUGAACAUCGCCAUGGCUGGAUCAUGGUCAAUCUAUGUAGGAUCUGAUAAAUCUAUGGUCGUUCUCGUGAGCUCUUUGUUUACUCCGUGUGUAGUCUUGCUGGAGUUGUGCUUGAGUAACCUACAAAGAACAGGAGAAGAAGGUGGUGGAGGGUUUUCUGUCUUUCCAAGUUCUCCUCCACUGCUGGAAUCUCCUCUAAAUGCAGAGUUAAAGAGGAAGGAACCCAGCCAUCCGAAAAGGAAAGGAGGAAUAAAGGAAAAGCCGCUAGUUUUUCACUCAAAAGUGAAGUCAUCUGGAUACAACACCACCCCAAGAAUGACUAUGUUUUCAGCACAAACCAAUGCUCAGAAGAGAACAUCACCUAAAAAGUCAAUAAAACAUUUGGGCUUACUCCAUAGAAACUACCCAGAGAACAGUGCAGCACCAACUGAACCACGUACUGCUCUUAAAAUUGCCAACAAACAAGUCUCAUGCCUUCAGUAUUCAGGUGAUGGAAAAAAAAUCCUGUGUGGUCUUGGCGACCGCUCGGUAUUAUUGUACAACUCCUGCCUUACUGGUGGUCCAACUGCCUACAUAGGUCAUGACAAGCCAGUGACCAGUGUGAGCUGGAGCCUCUGCAGACAAUGGUGGCUGAGUGCAGCAGAAGAUCUAUCAUUACGGAUUUGGGCCAAAUCCUACUCAGAGCCUGCCAUUAUCUUGGGUGACACUAUGUUCUCCAAACCCAUUAGAGGUGCUCAGUUUUAUUAUCUUGACAAAUUUCUAGUCCUAACAUCUGGACCUUCUCUAUACUUGUACCUGUAUAAUGUGGACCUCACCCGCGAUGAUGUAAAAAGAUAUAAGCACCGGAGCAUCAUCAAACUGGCAAGUUGCAUAACGCCAUCAGCCUCGGACAUCACAGCCCUUUCUGCAGUCAACGAUUUCCUCUCAUACAUUGUUCUGGUGAGUUGUUCAGAUCGGUCCAUUCAAGUUCUGGACAUGAACAAAGGUGCAGUUGGUUCUGUGCUGCAUGACGCCCACAGCAGAGCUAUCCACUGCAUCACACAGAACAAGGGAUCCACAUUCACCUCUCAAGCUCCAGAGUCAUACAACCUAUUCCUCACAAGCGCAGUUACAGAUGGGGUGAAGAUGUGGGACCUUCGCACAAUGAGAUGCGUGCGUCGUUAUGAGAACCAUGUGAAUCUCUGCCAUGCAUGCUCCUCAACCUUCUCACCAUGUGGCCGGUUCAUUGCCUCUGGCUCUGAGGAUAAAUGUGCAUAUGUGUACGAUAUUCGUGCCAGCACCUACCUCCACAAACUCCAGAGACACUCAGACACAGUACUCAGUGUGGCUUUUAACCCUGCAAAACCAGAGUUGUUAACAGGAACCUUGGACGGGAAGCUACGACUGUUUCAGUCAAGCACAGGGUCCCAUUUGUCCCAUGACACCAGCGCUGCUGUUCAUUGCAUCUCUAAAGUGACUGCGUAAUUACAGCUGGCUGCAGGAAACACCAUGCAGCUUUCAUUAAGGGAGCUGAAACCCACAGGCAAGGUUUUUAAAAUAAAGGAAGAAUUUAAGUA